AUGUUUCUUGGAAUGAAUCUCUUAAUGUUCCUCAUUGCUUUGAUUGGCAAUAGUCUCCUUCUGAUUCUAAUUAAAAUGGACUCCAGACUACAGACACCAAUGUACUUUUUCCUCAGCCAGUUAGCCUUCAUGGACUUAUGCCAGGUUCUCUCAAUUGUACCUCAAACAAUAGUAAAUUUUGUAACUCAGAAAUACACUAUUUCACUCUAUGCAUGUGUCACACAGAUUUUCAUCAUACUAGUCUUGGGAGGAGCAGAAUGCCUCAUCCUGGCUACCAUGUCAUAUGACAGGUAUGUGGCCAUAUGCAGGCCUCUGCAGUAUCCAGUCCUCAUGAGCAGACAAAUCUGCUACAUCUUUUCCAUGGGGGUCUGGUUUUGGUCUUCUGUACAGGCUUUGACGUGUUCCCUCUAUGUACUAUCUCUUCCCUACUGCAAGUCCAAUGUGAUUAAACAUAACAUGUGUGAUUAUCCAGCCCUUGUUCAGCUGUCCUGUUCUGACAAUUCUGCCUUUGAAAAAGCAAUCUACCUUGGGGAUUUCCUGGUAUUUCUCAUCCCAGUCACGGUCAUCCUUGCUUCCUACAUAGCCAUUCUCCUGCAAGUCUUAAAGUCUCGCUCGUCUGAGAGAAGCCACAAGGCCUUGGGCACCUGCUUGUCUCACUUGUGUGUGGUGGGGCUCUUCUAUGGAGCAUCCAUGGUGACGUACAUGACACCUGUAUCCUCCUACUCAGCACAAAAGUCCAUGACUAAUACUGUGUUUUAUACUAUUGUGCCUGCCAUGAUGAACCCUUUCAUAUACAGUCUGCGAAACCGGGAUGUGUCAGCAGCACUGAGAAAACUCUUUGCAAAAUGUUCAUUGCACAAAUGA